GCUCCGAUCGGCGGACGGCGGUUAAGCCAGCCGCACGUUCCGAGUUUUCGUGCCAGCAGUCGACUCGCAGCCUGGCUUUCCAACUGGCACGCCGGAGUGCUUUCACGUACUGUGCCCUUCGCUCCCUUGUCUCGUCCCUCUCCUCUCCUCCGGGUCUCUCCUUUCCCUCGCAGGUCUCUUUUAAUCUCUCUUUCUCUCUCUCCGCUCUUUAGCCCCGUGUUUCAUAUUCCACUCUCCGCGACAUGACGCGUUGAUGAUCUACACGCUGCAGCGUAGAACCAACAGCAGCGGUAGUGCUCGUUUCGGACUGAAAACCACCACCGCCGCCGGUGGUGGUCCACUAUGAGAUUCGGUCUCGAACAGCAUCCUUGAAGCGCCUUUCGAAGCUUUAUGUGCGUCAGUGUGCGAUUAAGAAUCCCGAGGAAAACUGUGCCAGGCGACGUCGUGGUCGAUACGCCAAGGACAACGAUGAUGUAAAUUCCAGUACGCAAACGAUUCGCUUUAGAAAGACCUUGUUCGUCCUGAUGAGAGAGAAGAUGGCACACUCGAAGGGAUCCGCGUGGAGGAUAUCGCGUCGGUGAUUUCAAUCGGCAGAACGAGCUUUCCGAAGAGUAAUUAGGAAAAAAUCGGAGUAAUCAGGGAGCAUGAGAGUGUUAUGGUAAAGGUGCGUGAAUGAACGUAGUUCUUGACGGGAGAGGCAAAUGGAGAUAAGAGGAGAGAAAGCGGAGGUAUUUUGACAGCCUCGGCACUUGUCCCGGGAAUGCCUCGAAUGCCUGUGCUGGUACUCCUCGGUAGCUGGGGCUGGGGAUUUUUCGCCAUAUUCCUCUUGCUUCUGGCCACCCCCAGUCCCGCUGCCAUUCGCAGAGCGGACCGAGGUCACUGCAACAAGACAGUGGACAUUUACGAAGAUGUGUCGAGCCCGGCGGUGACCCCAGCAAAUUGGGGUAAGCCCCUCUCGUGCUGGUACCGUUUCCGUGCCUUUCGCGGAACACCCCGGGACUGGAUUCUGCGGGUGCGCUUCAAGAAGUUUAAAGUUGGAGUGCUGGAGAACGCUACUACCUGCAGCGGCGGUUAUCUGCAGAUCAUAGACGGCAACACGAAGACAGAGGUGAGCAAUCGCAAGGACCCGGGCGUCUAUUGCGGCGAAUCCGAGCAGCCGCAGACCUUCAUCAGUGAGACCAGCUUCGUGCGGGUGAUCUUCCACGCGGACAAUUUCACCGAUCAAACGUAUUUCAGUUUUGAUUCGCGUGCCGAGCCGCAAUUCGAGGUGUAUCUUAGAUACGGCCAACACCCGGAGCUCUAUCCGAAUCGUCGUGGCGAGGUCGUACCAGGCAGUUACUGCGAGCGCGUCUUCAAGGACUGUCGGUUGCAAACGUGCUACGUACAGAGCCCGGCUUAUCCCGGUAUUUAUCCGCGCGCGUUGCACUGCAAAUAUCGUCUAAACACCCGACUGCCCUUCAUUAAACUCUACAUUGAGAACGAAGAGUUCAACAUCGAUGGUCAACGUUGCGAGAAUAUCAUGACAUGUCCGAUGCGGCCGAUCAGUUCCGGCUCGGAGCACUGCCCUUAUGAUUAUAUACGCGUGUACGAUGGUAAGAACGAGAGUAGCCCGGUGAUCGGCACUUUCUGCGGUAUGGGAAAAUUCCCAUACAGCAUUAUUGGUACCAGUGAGGAUCUCUACGUCGAGUUCGUAUCGUCGCCGGCUGGUCCGUUGCUUAACACUGGUUUCCACUUCAACGUGGGCAACUGGCCCGGUCAUGUAGAAACUGCGGGCGUGAAAAACGGCAGUUGCGACUGGCUGUUGAACAGUGAAUCUCUCGUGAGUGGUAAUGAGGGUAUCUUUCUGUCAGUUGCGCACUGGUACCCGCCACACACCAGCUGCACCUAUUUGCUACGCGGUCGACCCGGCGAGAUCGCUCGUCUUUAUUUUCCCAGCUUUCGUGUGAACCGUAUCGAGUCGCCGAUUCAGCCCUACGACGGCGAUUGCGGUGAGAGCCUGACGCUUUAUGACGCUGACUGGCCGGACGAUGCCCGGAUCAUCAAGACCUUCUGCGACACUUUCAGUAAACCGAUGGAGAAGCAUGAUUUUGUCUCAACGUCAAACGCUCUAUUCGUGCGAUUCGAAAGCAAAACUGGCAGUUACUCCGGCAGCUCGCUCUAUUACUGGGCUCAUUAUGACUUCUUCAAUGCGACGAGAUUCGGCGAGCCCACGCCCGGUACCGAGUGUGAUGAAGUAUUCGCAUCGUGGAAGACGCGCUCGGGUCGUCUACGAUCGCCAUUGAAUACUUUGGUUUAUAAACGACCGGGCGACCCACCCGCUGAUCUGUCCUGCACCUAUAGCUUCAUUACGGAUAAGCGGCUGUACUCGCGCGUUAUUCUCGUGAUAGAGUCAAUUAACUUCAAGGAGCAUCCGUACGCUCAAUGCGGCCAUUGCUGGGAUAGUCGAGUGGAUCGGGUGAUCAUUCGGGAACCUAAUCCAGAUGGUAUCAAGGGCCACUGCCUUUGUCGGAUCAACAACAACGGCACUCCGGCGCCAACGAGCUCCCCGCCGGCACCGCGACCGCCUGUUCUCAGGAUCGUUUCUCGGGGUGAAAGAUUGGAUCUGAAGCUGUUGGUGGACGGUGCGCACGCGGCUUCAAGUUAUUUCAAGUGGCCCGCGCCACUCUUUGAGGCAAGAUACGAGUUCGCGCAUAGUCCUUUGUGCGGACCGGCGCUUCUGCCACCUGCCACCGAUGGUGAGAUUGAGUUUCCGCAUUACGAGGCACUGGGAUAUGUCACGCCACCCAGGACCAUUAAAUGUAUCUGGGAGUUACGAGUGAACCGUGAGCGCGAUCUCUGGCUGCACUUUGACAAGAUUAAAUUCGCAUCGCGCUCUUGCGAAGAUGGCAAGCUCGAGAUCUUCCUGCCGGGCAAUGCUGAGCCGUAUCUCGGUAUUUGCGGUGAGAACGUCAGCUACGUGAGAGAGAUGCCAAUUAUUUCAGCGGCGCACAUCACACCGCCAAUAGAUCAUCAGGCGCCGGGCGGUGAUGUCAUUGAGGAAUCACCCGCUGUGAUUAUACAGUUUACCGGAUCCAUGGCACCAGCCAGGGCGGCCUUCAAGAUCGCAUGGACCGAACUCUUUCAUCUACCAAGGGACGGAUCUGGGGCUCUCAACACCGGCAAAUUGGAGGACUGCGGCUUCCAGUGUCCUGGUGACGCGGGAUGCAUUCCCUUAAGAUUGGUGUGCAACGGCGUGGUAAACUGUCCUAGUCGCAGCUUGCCCCUGCCGGGUAUUCUGAAUGGCACCUUCUACGAGCCGGACGACGAGUCAGUGGAGACGUGCGGUGGUCCUGUCAGUGGUAACGGCGGUGGUUUCGCUGGACCUGCCGGCUGGGCUGGCGCAGGUUUAGGCGCCGGUCUCGCCAUUCUUUUGGGUCUGGCGUGUUUCAUCGCCAUGUGCAGGCUUUGCAGAGGACGAUCCCGCUCCAGGGACAUACAUGUGCCCUAUUAAGAGGCAUGAUCGUGCCUGCUUCUGCGGGUAUACGCACAAAUUCGGAGAACACAGAGGUCUAAGAAACGAAUUUAUAACGUUUUUCAAGGAAUUAACAUUCUUUCUUUAUACUCGCAUGUAUGCUUGUAUACACAUACGUAGAUGUAUAAACAAUAAAUCUUUAUUCCUGAAGAAACACUGCAAAUAUGACGAGAGAGAUGUUCUUGUGGCGUUUUAACUUUUUAAAUGCCGCUCAAAUCUUUGAGCCGUAUCAGCAUUGCUAAGUUUGGUUAAAUAAAUUUUGUUUCUCUAAAUAUAUAAGAUUAUAAUCUAGAGAAGAAUAGAAUCCCUAAGGCAAGCUUAUUUAACCUGUCGAGACCGUUGGUGCCCUUGUGUUUCAGACCUCUGUGUUGUUUGAGAAAUCGAUAGAAAUGGUCGAGAAGCAUUCUCUUUCUCAAAACUCAUCGAGAUAUGUCAGGAGAUGUUUUUCCAUGCUGCUCCAAAACAGAUUCGACAUUACAAGUAAUUCUCUCAGUGUGAUGCUUCCGGGUCUAAUGAACGUCGAGUUUGCUCAUUAAUUGCGAGAGGUUGAUUCCGGAUCUUUACUACUCUGUUGUAUCGCGGUGUUCAAGUAUUACUACCGUCUGUCAACGCCGAUCGCCCAUCCCACGUUCAUCACACUGUCGGUCUUCUAUUUAUGCUCUUUACGGAAACUCUAAUGAUCCAUACAUUAUCCUUCUCUUACACAGCGACGACGAAAUUCUAAGUAAAGCUGUAUUCGCCACUGCCGCGUUAUGCUCGUCGUAUUGUCAUCGCGUCUUCUCUACACACACUGCCAUAGACAUAGAACUUCAUACAUAGCUCUCAUCUCGAUCGUUCUCAUAUGUCGUUCGCGAGAACUAUCGUAGAUUUGUGGCGAUCGGAUUAUUUUUGUCGCUGAUUGUACGGGCGGCGAUAGCAUUUCUAGCGAUAGCAAGACAUCUACGAGAUACAGGUAGCCUCAACGUUAUGUAGAAACGUUUUUAUACCUACUUUUAUUAUCUCGUUCCUCUAAUCUAAUUAUAGAAUCUUAUCGAUAAUCAGCAUCGAAGUCUGACAAUAAUGAGUUCGAAGCAUAAAAGGAAAAAAAAGAUUAUACAUGGAUUAGAUUAAGUUAG